ACCUGGACAAUGUGGUUCAAGACUAUCACGAUCCUCGCCUUAAUUAUUUCCACGACAUCGAAGAAGCUGGUGGACCUGUCCGGCCGUGGUAUGAAGAAAGAAGAUUUUUUCGUGAGGAUGCAAUCGCAGUUCAGUCUGCAAGAAGUCACCGAUCUUAUUCUUCGGAAUAACGAAUUUGACAGUUUCCUCGACUGCUCCACCAAUCUUGAGAAUUUAAGGACACUGGAUCUGUCACAGAAUCAUCUUAAACGGUUUUUCUUCCUCUGUAAAGACGAAUACAAUUUACAAAUGUUAAACAUCAGUCACAACAAACUCGAAUACAUCGAUGACAAUGCCUUCAACGAUCGAAUCCCGAAGCUUAAGAUACUCGAUCUUUCGUGCAACAAAUUAUCGAUCGUUAACGAAACUAUGCUGGAACAUUUCAAAAUUUUAGAAUACCUUACGCUAGCCAACAAUCCGAUCAACGAUGGUAUUCAUGAAAAUGCUUUAUGGAAUUUAAAGGCGCUGCGGUACUUGAACCUGAGCAAUGUAUCGUCUUCGCAUUUCUCCUCGGAACUUUUCAAGACGCUGUCUAAUUUAUCUACCUUAGAUUUGUCACAUAACCCCGUGAACAUGAUUCCACUAUUACCAAUCAGUCUAGAAGAGCUCGACUUGUCCGACACGCAUAUAACACGAUUCCGAUAUGUCUAUUUACCUCGACUACGAGAACUGAAAUUGAAUAACAUGCAAGCUCUACAGGAAUUAGUACUCAAUGAUUUCGAAAACUUCAUCAGUUUAGAAAUACUAUCUCUAGAUGGAUCGAAGAAAGUAAAAUUUCUAAAAAUGUUCCCAUACGACGAUCGCCUGCUGCCACGACUGCAACGCCUCUCGAUAAGCAACUGCGGCCUGAAAACCUUGGAGUACAACCUCAUGUCGAUAAUAAAGAGAACGCCAAUUUUGACUUUAGAAAACAAUCCGUGGAACUGCGACUGCAAGAUGCAAUGGCUGAAUAUAGUGAACGCAACGAGGGCAAUUAGUCGAGAAAUAAGGUGCAGCAGCCCUAUUCAACACGCGAACAAACAGCUGAGCGAGAUACCGAGUCAGGAGCUGGAGUGCGACGACGAGGCGACGUCGUUCCAUCCGGUGCUGUGGGCCUGCAUUUUCAUAUUGGUGGUGUCCACGGUCCUGGCGGUGGGCUUCUUCGUGGUGAGACGACCGAUCGGUCACUGGGACAUCAGGCGAAAGAACCGAGACACGGUCACCUAUACGAACGUGGACGAGUCCUCGAACGAUCUGGUGAGAAUCCUGGCUGUCGGCGAGACGGUGGAACGGAACGAGGAGUGA